AUGCUAAAUGGGAUCCCCAUGGAGGCGCGAGACCUGAACCAGGCUGUGCCCUCGAAAUUCAGGCCCGACGCGAACUAUAGGAGCUGCUCGCAAUCACUCCCAUUGGAUAUUCUAUGGUUACCCCGUUCGGCGUUUCGACCAGCAGACGGCGAGCUGGCGGACUGUGUGCUGGUGGUGGGAGUGUCGCGGCCCAAGCUUGCUGCGGCCCUCCUCUCCGUCACGCUGCUGUCUCUCUUUCUAACCUUCCACGUGCUUUACGACAGUGCAUUGUACAGCAUACAGGCCGCGAGUAUAGCAUCAGCAGCUAGCGAGGGUCGUAAAAUACUACAAAGUCAAGAGGGCAGCCGAACGAUAAACCACCCUAUGGCUUUACGAAAGAGGUUGAAACCGCCACGCACGCCGAGACCAGCCCGCAGACUUCCUCAGGCCCUCAUUAUUGGAGUACGUAAAUGCGGGACUAGAGCAUUGCUAGAAAUGCUGUACCUCCAUCCAAUGGUGCAGAAGGCUUCGGGGGAAGUGCAUUUCUUUGACCGCGAUGAGAAUUACGCGUUGGGUCUCGAGUGGUAUAGAAGCAAGAUGCCGCUCUCAUUCAAAGGGCAGAUAACAAUCGAGAAGAGUCCAAGUUACUUUGUUACCCCUGAGGUACCAGAACGCGUUCGAGCUAUGAACUCUUCGGUGAGGUUAUUGCUAAUAGUCCGAGAGCCGGUGACGAGAGCGAUAUCCGAUUACACUCAGCUACGAAGCAGGGCGACGCCAUCUGCGCCUGCGCUGUCUUCGCCUGGCCAUCCUCUUCCGGACGCCGGGAAGCCGUUUGAGCAUCUCGCUAUAUCACCGGAUGGAUCGAUCAAUGUUGCAUAUAGACCUAUAGCAAUAUCGUUGUACCACGCGUACCUGCAUCGGUGGCUGGAAGUAUUUCCUAGAGAGCAGAUCCUAGUCGUAAACGGAGACCAGCUCAUUGAGGAUCCCGUACCGCAGCUGCGUAGAAUUGAAAAGUUCUUGGGACUUGAGCAUAAAAUUGGUAGAAAGAACUUCUACUUCAACGAGACGAAAGGCUUUUACUGUCUCCGUAACGACACGACCGAUAAAUGUCUGCGAGAAACGAAAGGUCGUAAGCAUCCGAGGGUCGACCCAGCAGUGGUGUCGAAACUGCGUAAGUUCUUCAUCCAGCACAACCAGAGGUUCUACGACCUGGUCGGCGAAGACCUGGGCUGGCCGGAGGACUAA